AAUUUUUCGUACAAGAGUCUUUUGCGUGAAGCUUCAUCUAUACAAAUCGAGGCAAACCUUUUUAAAUUUUUUAGUUCUCACAGUGUUGAGUCGACUUUUAAAUCGCACGAUCUCAGUGUGAUUUUGUUCUCGAAUAAAAAAAUUAGUGACUCGUCCGUGGAACCUGUCUUUUUAGACGUCUAAUGGCGGAACGAGCGUUCAGAGAACUGAUGGCGAUUAUAAAGAGGCACGUGCCUCUCUUCAUGAACGAGGCCCCAUGCAGACAAGCACGCGGCCACCGAAAGCUAACCCAAGAAUCGUACAAGGCACAAUUAAUUUAUUGUUCGUGCCGGUAUAGUGACAAUCGAGGGAACGCCGGAGAAAAACAGGAUCGUUGUUUUCUUCUAUUUCGUCCGAGGGGUUACGGGAACGGAUGCUGCAAACCGAUCCUCGGCUUUGUCAACGGGGAUAAUUGUCAACGAUCUUUGCAGAAUGGGAGAUCUCUAAAAAAAGAUAUCUUUUUCUAUCCAAGAGAAUUAAACGGUUCAAGAUGGAUGCAAAUCAUUUAUCCAAGAGAUCCAACGAGACGUUAAAGAGUAUUUCCAGCAAGCUCGUAGUCAAGCUUUCGGCUUAAUCUCCAUAAAUUCGUAAGGGAGAAGAAAUAUAUCGCACUCUUGGUUUAAUGUUAUUUGCUUUUCGCCGGUAUCUACAGCGAAUUAGAUCGGAGAUGAUGAGAAAUUUUCAAAAAAAAAAAAAGAAAAAGAAUUGUCUCGUUAUUUAUAAAGUAUCUAUCGAAGGGCAAUAAAAAAAAAAAAUUUCACUUGCAAUAAGUAAAAAGAUUAAAUUCAAUUUCAUCAAUUUUUACCAGAAUAAAGAACUUAAUAAAACGAAAAAUAAA